CAGUGAACGCAAGUGUCGAUAUAUUUUUGAGGAUCUGUUAGGCAAGAAAUUUCCAUCACCCAGGCUGAAUUUUUUAGAUGAAAUGCAACUCAAUGGGUAUAACGAAGAACUACAACUAGCAUUCGAAUUCCAUGGUCAGCAACACUAUAGUCUUAAUUCAAUGUUUCAUAAAAGAGGCCAGAUAGAUUUGGAUGAAUAA